AUGACGGCUGUUCAUAUUGUCUAUCAAAUUAUUGCGGAUUAUCUAUCAAAUUGCAAGUUCAAAAGCUGGAAGUUUUUUUCAGGUACUAUGGAGUCUUCUUAUUAUGCACGAUUGAGAAGAAGGAUGAUUCUUGCAUCCAAGAGAAAUCGCAAUUAUCCAACCAAUAUUCAUGCCCCUGCAACUCAACGUAUUUCUACUGACUUACAGUUGAAUAGGGGUACUGUGUUGGAUAGGCAAAUGAAUAUGAGUUACUGGGCAGCUAAUAGAAGUCAUUUAGUAGAUGCUAACUUCAACAAUGUUGAUGCUUUGAGAGGAGAGGUUUCUGUAGAAAGAGGAUCUACUUCAUUUACGAUUGUGUCACCUUCACAUCGUAUUGUUGGCCAUUCAAGAGAUAUUGAGGAUGAUUCAUUUGUGAGGAGCACUCGACAGAGACGACAUGAUUAUAAUAGUGAGACUACAAACAAAAAUUCUAAUAUCUAUAUACACACUACUUUAAAUGAAAAUGGUGAUGUCACCACAAAUGUAUAUGAAGACCGAAUUCCUCCAGGAAGUUCACGCAUGACUAAUACUGAGAGUUCAGAAAUGCAAUCAAGUGAAGCCACUUUAGGGGAAUCUAGAGGAACUCAUCGUAAAUUCACCGAAGCUUGGAACUUUGGCCCUCCUACUCAUAUAUGUGAACAUUGUGGAGCACAAGUUUGGUAUGAAGAGAGGACUAUAAAAUCAAGGAAGACUAAAAAUCCAAAAUUUAGUCUAUGUUGUUCUAAUGGCAUUGUCCAUCUACCUCUUUUGAAAAAUCCACUUGCUUUACUAGCAAAACUACUCAAUCUAAAUGGUAGGAAAAAGUCGUUCAAUUUUCGAGUGGGAAUAAGGAUGUAUAAUUCAUUGUUUGCUUUUACCUCUUUGGGUGGUAAAGUAGACAAGUUUGUAAACAAUGGUACAGGCCCAUAUGUUUUCCGUCUCAAUGGCCAGAAUUAUCAUAGGAUUGGGUCACUGCUUCCUAUUGAAGGAGAAAAACCUACAUUCGCUCAACUCUAUAUCUGUGAUACAGAUAAUGAAAUAGGACAUAGAAUUGAUGCAGUGGUCAAGAAGUAUAAGAAAAAUGAAGUAGAUCCUGAUAUUGUUGUUGGAUUAUAG